UUCGUGCGGCCGACGAUCGAGUGUAUCUGUUGCGCCUCCAAUUUGUUUAUAUCGUUCAGUAUUUUUUCAAUUCUCGCAAUUAGUUUUUCUGCUAUUUUUAUGUGCUAGAACCCACUGGAUUACGUGGACAAAUCAAAAGUGACAAGUGAAUUUUUUUUCCCGCCAAUCGAGGCGGAAAACCCCGCGAGUAUUUGAGUGUCAAGUGUUGGGGGGGAAUAAUCGUAUUUUCACAGGUCAAAAGUGAAUUAUCGCUUGAGUGAGGGUCCCGUGGGGCCCCCGAAAGGAUUUCACAACUGAGGACAGCGAUUUGGAGCUUGAAAAAUGGUGAAUGAUGUGAUGAGUGAGUAUGAGCGCAUCAAGCGUUCGUGCUUGAAACGAGGUGAACUGUGGGAGGAUCCGGAAUUCCCGGCAACACAGGCUUCCGUUUUUUAUCAUCAGACGCCGCCCUUUCAGUUUCAGUGGAAGAGACCAAAGGAGCUAUGCAACCGACCAAUAUUCGUCAGUGAUACUCCAACACAAUUCGAUGUGAUUCCAGGGAAAAUGGGUGACAAAUGGCUUGUCUCGUGUCUGGGAGUAUUGCACCUGAGCAAGGGACUAUUUUACCGUGUUGUACCAGCUGAUCAGGGAUUUGGUAACAGUGGUGAGUCAUCUGGAACACCGACAUCCGAGUACGCUGGGGUUUUUCGUUUCCGGCUGUGGUGGUGCGGAUCCUGGGUCGAGGUCCUCGUUGAUGAUCGACUUCCCGCUGUACAUGGACGGCUUGCCUUUGUGCAGGCGCGUCACAGUGAUCAGUUUUGGCCGGCAUUACUCGAAAAAGCAUAUGCAAAACUCCAUGGAUCGUACGAGGCCCUAAAAUACGGAACCCUGCUGGACGGUCUGUCAGAUCUGACGGGUGGGAUUACGGAGAGCAUAGCGAUACGUCAGGAUCCAACGGCCUGCGGUCGAGCACUUGCGAAACUGCUAGACAUGACCUCACUAAUUACCUGCACUGUCAACAACAAUCAGCAACAGCAGAUACGCACGAGCACCGAGAAACUGGCUAAUGGCAUUCAAAUGGGCAUCAAUUACCGGCUUUAUGCUAUUGAAAGGGUGGAGACAUUCAAUGGGGAGGCUGUGCAGCUUGUUAAGCUGAGAAAUCCACUGGGACCUGGUGGAGAGUACAUUGGAGCUUGGGCUAGAGGUGGAUUGGAGUGGGACGACGUACCAAUCACCGAGCGGGAUCGAUUGGCUGUUAGAAAUAUGGCUGAGGGCGAAUUUUGGAUAUCAUACUCAGAUUUCGUUAAAACAUUCACCCACCUAGAAGUUGUACAUUUAGACGCAGAAACGUCGCGAGACGAGCCCUCUUUACAUAGCAAACACACUUGGCAAAUGAAACUUUAUCAAGGUAGUUGGAGGAGAGGAGUAACAGCUGGUGGAUGCAGGAAUAACCAAGAAACAUUUCACAUAAAUCCACAGCUUCAUCUGAUACUCAGUGAAAUGGAGGAGGUAGUUGUCUCAUUGAAUCAACACUCGAUCAUGGAACCAAAGGUCAUCGGUUUCACGGCGUAUACAUUGCCAAAGAACAGCACCGAGUCGAUUAAUAAGCAAUUCUUCAAGAAGAACAAAUCACUCGUCAAUUCACAAUAUACAAAUAGUCGACAAGUGAGUCACAGAUGUUUGCUGGAACAAGGUGGAUACUUACUCAUACCAACAACCUUUGAACCUGGCCAAGAAACCAACUUCACGUUGAGAGUAUACAGCAGUAAACCGUUGAAAUUGAAAUUGCUCGAUACACCUCCCACGCUAAUAAAAUCAGCGAUCGUAAAGGCUCCAGCGCUUGAAGGGAAAGGAUUUUCACAGUACGAGGCAGUUUUUCUGCAAUUGGCUGAUGAACAUAAGACAGUCAAUGCUUUCGAACUUCAGGAACUUCUCGAAGCCUGUCUCCCCAAUGAUUACAUAAAGAGCUGUGCAUCCAUGGAAGUCUGUCGCCAAGUGGUCCUCACAAUGGAUAGCACUGGCAGUGGUCGGCUUGAGUUCAAUGACUUCAAGGAUCUCAUGUGUAGCCUGAAGUACUGGCAGGCGGCGUUCAAGAAUCACACUAAGGAAAGAACUGGUAUUCUCAAGGCUGAGAGACUACGUGACGCGCUUCUCGAAAUCGGAUUUCAAGUCAAUACUGAUGUCCUGGCUGUUUUGAUUCUCCGGUAUAUGAGGAAGGAUGGGACUUUGAGGUUUGGAGAUUUCGUUUCGGCGAUUUUGCAUCUUAGUGAUGCAUUCGCAAUCUUCGAAGGCAAAGAUCCACUUCAAAACGGUAGCAUCAAAUUAACUCUGUCGGAGUGGCUUCGGUCAGCCCUGAUGUGCUGAUUCUCACAACAAUUCCCCAACUGCUUUGUAAAUAACUUGUCAUCGAAGAAAGCAAAAUUGCUAAGCCAUAUUGCAAUAACCCGUCUCUCUUCACGUCGAAGAAGUUUGUAAAAUAUCAUAGUCCAUUAUAUUAUUUAAAUUAAUGCAUUUAUUGAGGAUGUUUGUAUGAUAAGGAGGAAUGUAUCUAUAACGUUAUAAUAAAAUUAUUUUUAUAUUGUA